GCUCAUAUUCUUCUAUUGACUCUUUAUUCUUCUUACUCCCUUUAUGGUGUUUUUUUAAAACGUUUAGAUUUUUUGAGGUUCUUCACAACUUUUUUGCCAGAUAUUCGUCCAGCUUCUGAGUCAUGGAACUCGUCGGACUUAUCCACUCCGACUCGGCUCAUCCUCUAACUUACCUUCUGCCUUCUUUACUUUCUUCAGGUUCUCCAAGGCGUUGAAUUUUUUAUAAAAUCGUUUACCUUCUCCCUUCUUCAAACGUGAAGCUUGAAUCUUGCAUCCUUUGAUUUGAAGUAGCGUAGAAUAACGUAUGAUUACUGAUUUACUCAGAUAACGUCCCUGAAGGUCAGAAUAAUAGUUUGUAAAUCACGUUAUCUAUAUAGAUAACAACGGAUUUGCGAAACCGCGCACUUUUGUGUACAAACGCGAUUAUUACGUUACGCAAGUUUCAAUUUUCGGGAACUCAACGGCACCUAAAAUGGACCUCAUUUUUAGCGGCUCCAAUCUGAAUAACGUACGCCUGACAUUUACGCAAUCUUCCGGAUAUUCGAGAUAAUAGGAGUCGCUCACUUAAUCCAGAGUGAAGAUCACCAGGUGCGAUGACUUUCGACGUUGGGGUUAGCAACGGCUCGUCUGGAGUUCAGGUCAUUUGCUACUACGGCAGCUGGAGGUCGUACACCACGUGCAAAAUUGAAGAAAUCAACGCGACUCUUUGUACCAUUUUGAUCUACGCGUUCGCCCAAAUCCACGAGAACGGCACCCUGAAACCGCUCGACGAGUGGGCCGAUAUCAGACUCGAUGGGUACAGGCGGUUUACGGCGCUGAAGAAGCGGAAUCCACGACUGAAGACCAUGCUCGGCGUAGGCGGUGGAAGCGAAGGAUCCGAGAAGUACUCCAAGAUGGUCGCAACGAGCGCCAGCAGGGCGGUCUUCAUUGAGAGCGUGAUCGGGUACAUGCAGAAGUAUGGGUUCGAUGGUGUUGACCUAGACUGGGAGUACCCGACGAGGCGCGGGGGGCGACUUGAAGAUCGCGAAAACCUCUCCGAGCUCCUGAAGGAGAUGCGGAUUGAGUUCGAUCGCCACAACUACCUGAUGACCAUGUCCGUCGUACCCAACGACGCGAGCAUUGACACCUUCUACGAGGUGCCCCAGCUGUCCAAGUACCUGGACCACAUACUGAUGAUGAUGUACAACAUGCACUCGCCCACGUCUGGACGUACCGGCCACAACGCUCCCUUGCAAUCGAGCAACCGCUACAACGUCGAGUAUAGCACCAAGGCCUGGGUGAGAAAAGGCGGAACGCCGGCGAAGCUCAUCUUGGGCAUACCCGCCUACGGAAGAUCGUUCACCUUGGCCGACCCCGGCUCGCACGGAAUCGGCGCGCCCAGCGUCGGUCUAGGUCUGCCCGGUCCGUACAGUAGAGCCAACGGAACCUUGUACCACUACGAGGUGCUGCACUUCCAAAAGGCUUUGGGAUGGACGAGGGAGUGGAGCGAAGAGCAGCAGGUGCCAUAUUCGUACUACAGGGAUCAGUGGGUGGGCUAUGACGAUGCGGAAUCGGUCAGGAGAAAGGUGGAGUUCGCCAGAAAGUUGAAUUUGGGCGGCGUGAUGAUGUGGACCAUCGACCAGGAUGAUCCGCGCGGUCUCACCGGCGAAAAAUUUCCUUUGCUGAAUGUAAUUAAUAAUGAGUACGCUAAUUAAAUUAAAUUAAAUGAUUUCCUGUU